UGUGUUCUAGAGUGCGUUAAUGAAAAGCAUGGCUUUUCCAUCUUAUCAGUUUUUAUCAAAAUUUUAUGCAGAACGCGUUUCGUGUUUUUUCCCGUAUUCACAUCAGAUUAAACAUUGAAUUUCCCUGUUUCGUUGACCUCAUACACCGCAGAUGUUAGAAAAGCGUCUCAAAUUAUCAAUUUGGAAAUUUUGACUCGUCUAUUUUCGUACUCCAGUGCGCACAAUUAAAAACCCAAGCAGUUUGCCCUUGGAUUGUCGACAGUGUGGUUUGGGGUUACCCACAAAGAGGCUCUCUGUCUCUUCCAUCCUGCCAUUUUAAAACCCAUAACAAUAAAAUGUAUACAUUUUAAACAGGCAUAGAGUAAUUCAAUUAACCAAAAUGAAACGCCUUUCUAUCCUAGGAGGCCUGUCAAAUUUCCUCCGCGCGUCACACAUUGUUUCCGACGGACUGCUUUUGCCUAAACCUGCGCGCAAGUUUGCAGCGUUGAACGUUAAUAUAAAUAUUCGUUGCCGCUCAAAUUUGCUCAUUCGUCUUCUGCUCGCGGUUUCAUCAGCUUUAAACUUGCUGUUACUUAAUAUAUAUCUUGACGAAAGAACAAAUAAUACGAAAAUAUGAUCUCGAAAGUGACAGUGGUCGCGUGCGUCUUUGUGGUGCUGGCGUCGAUGAGUACGGCGCAGCGUCCGUUGUACAACGGCUACACUGGCGGAUGGCCGUGGUUGACUACUGGGCCCCAGACCAACACACCAACCACCACACCAACCUCAAACAACAACAACAAUGGUGGACUUGGAGACGGCAAGCCGUUCCUCAUGCCGGUCCAGUCCGUGAGAUUCAGAUUCUACAACAAUGUGCCCAUCGAGGGACCUGGCAUGCCGUGCAUCGGAUGCGUUUACAAGUACACCAGCAACGGAUUUGUGAUGGUCAGGCCUUGAAGAGUGCCGA